CAGGCAUCUGAGAGAGGAAGAUUCCUGUUGGAUUUUGUGUUAGACGGAAUUAAGGAUUCCAGUUGGAUUUUUUUUUCCUGUCUCUUUGGACCCAGGUUGUGAAAGCUCAACUUCAGUACCAAGAUGGGUGAUGCAGUUGCUAACACUUCCUUACCUGAAACAUCCAGCGCCCUGCCGGAGCCCCAGACCUCCACCAGUGUGGGCGGGAGUGGGAGUGAGUACUUUUAUGUCCUGGUUGUCAUGUCCUUCUACGGCAUCUUCUUGAUUGGAAUCAUGCUGGGCUACAUGAAAUCAAAGAGAAGGGAGAAGAAAUCCAACCUGCUUCUGCUCUACAAGGAUGAAGAGAGGCUCUGGGGGGAGGCCAUGAAGCCUCUGCCCAUUGUGUCGGGGCUGAGGUCAACCCAGGUGCCCCUGAUGCUGAACAUGCUUCAGGAGAGCAUGGGACCAGCUCUGUCAUGCACCAUCUGCUCCAUGGAGGCAGGCAGCGUCAGCUCGGAGUCAUCUUCUCCUGACAUGCAUUUCACCAUCCACGAGGAAGUGCCCGAUGAUGAACUAGGAGAGACCUCAGAGACGCCCCUCCAUGAAAGCAGCGAAGGGUCUUCGGAUAACAUCCCCCAGAAUUCCUAGCACUCUGAGGUGACCUCCAGACAUGGCCCUGUUAGCCAGCACACUUAGCAAGAGGAAGGAGGUAUGCCCAGCGUCCGAUUCCACCGCUCCAG